GGAGGGCUGAGGGCUGAGAGUGGAGGGUGGAGGUCGGGAGCGACGGAGGAGCGGCCCUGAGUGACCAUGACGAAAUUAGCGCAGUGGCUGUGGGGACUGGCGCUCCUGGGCUCCACCUGGGCUGCUUUGACCAUGGGAGCCCUGGGCCUGGAGCUGCCCUCGUCAUGCCGGGAGGUCCUGUGGUCACUGCCCGCCUACUUGCUGGUGUCCGCCGGCUGCUAUGCACUGGGUACUGUGGGCUAUCGCGUGGCCACUUUUCACGACUGCGAGGACGCCGCCCGCGAGCUGCAGAGCCAGAUCCAGGAGGCCCGAGCCGACUUGGCCCGCAGGGGGUUGCGCUUCUGACACCCUAACCUCAUUCCCGAACGGACAGCCUGCCUUCCCCUCCCCUCCCCCAUUAAAGCGCCAGUUUAUUUUCUAA